UAAGGAUGGGGCAGGGUCUAUUAAAAGGGUAGAUUUAGAAUCCGUUUGACCCCCCCCCCACACACACACACACAUCGCUACCGUGGAGAGACGGGGAAAUUUCCUGGUUACUUAAAACCAUCAAAGAGUAGUUGUAUGCUUGUGAGUCACAGAGGGACAGGCAGCUGAUGAGGGGAGGGGCCAAUUUCCAUGGAGCAACCAAGCAAGGACCCCAAGGCAUCCUGGAAUAGAGAGGAGGAUGAGGAGGAGGAGGAGGAGGAGGAAGGGGGUUUCAGGAGACACUGGAGGGGCAGGCUCAGUCUGAAGGAUGGUCAUGCUGAAGAAACUAGAGUUGCAUCACAGAGAACCCCGACGACAAGAACCAUCAAGAACCGGAACCACAGAUGACAGACCACUAGAAUUUGACAAAGAAGAUUGCCCCCUCUUUUACAUGUCCAUCCAAACCCCCAGCAGUGUCUCUGCACGGCCCGCUGCAGGUGUGGGACUGAAGGUGGAUGAAAGGCUGAGAGCAGCACGAGAACGAAGAGAGGAGCAGCAGAGGUUACUCGCCUCCCGGGAGCUGAGCUGGGUGGAGCGGGAGCAACGCGCCCGACGAUUCUACCAGCAACAACUGCAGGAGCGCAAGAAGAAACUGCUGGAGCAACGGCUGAAGGAGGAACGGAGACGAGCGGCUGUAGAGGAGAAACGCCGGCAGAAGCUGAAGGAGGACAAGAUCACUGACAGCAGGGAACUAAAACAGAGCGAUGCGUUUUUCUGCAUGAAGGAGCGAUAUGAAUCUGCAGUCCGGAAGACCCUGGAGAAGAGCCAAAAGGCCCGACAUCCGCCGGACCAAGACUGGAGAGGAAGGAAGUCCAAGAAGUACGUUUCAGGUCACUCCAUGAUUCCUGCCACCACACCCAUCCACAAACACCUGGACUGCAGGCCCCCCAUGAGCUCCCCCCACCCCCCCCAGAGGCUCACCUGUGGUGGACAGACCAAAGCAGCACAAAGGCCGGCCCCUCAGAAGAAGACUCCAAGCAUGAAGGACAUGAAAACAGCUUCAAACAAUCACAGGACUCCCAGCUCUGCUCCCCAGGAACACCCCCCCCAGGUUUGGACCAGGAGGCCCCGCCCACUGCUGCAGCUCCACCCUGUUCCAAAGGGGGAGCCGGCCAGGCCUGUGGUCAGACCUGAUAAGAUUCAGCUGCUCCGACUAAAAACGGAGAAUUCACCAGUCAGUCCAAGUCCAGACCCCCCCAUGCUGCAGAGGGAGGUCAGUGCAGUGAGAGCUGAAACACUGCAAGCACCCCCCCAGCCUCCUCUCGCCAUGCCCCUCCCCUCCACGUCAGACCGUGAGGACGUCUCUCAUCAUCUGGCAGCAAAGAGGAGAGAAGCCCGACUUCAGCCAGAGGAGGACAACAGGAGACUGGAGGCUCAACAGGAGGAUCUGCACCUCCUGGAAGAGAACAGGAGGAAGGAAAAGGAAGAGCAAAAACGAGCUGAAGGAAAAAGAGUUCAGGCUUUGAAGGAAGCUGAUCUUCUGGAGAAGCAGAGACAGGAGGAGCUGGCCAAGGACAGAGCACGAAAGGAGAAAAUUCAGCAGGAGGACGCAGAGCGCAAGGCCAGGAAGAAGCGACUGGAGGAGAUCAUGAGGAGAACCAGAGGGGCAGAUCCUGCAGAUACGGCAGAAAGACGACCCAAAGAGAACACGGAGCCUCCACAUAAAGGUUCCUUUGAAGAUGCUGUCAAGCUGCCAGUGGGAGCGAGAACCCUGCAGAUAGGGUUGGAGAUGGUUCCCACCAGAGGGUUGAACCGUGGCGAGGACACACUGUCUUCUGUGGCCUUCAAGGAGUGCAGGUCUCUGCCGGCACUUUCAGGCUUGGAGGAGAUCCAAACCCACCAACGAGUGGGUGGGAGUGGCUGCCUGCUCUCUAAGUCUUUGGUAGCUUAGAAACUCAAAUCCCUGAGCUCCCAACCUUUCCGGAAUGCUCCACAAAGUCAAAGAAUUAGAAGAGUGUACUGCCAUGGGGGGGGGGGGCUGCGUGUGUGUGUGACGUUUAAGCACUAUAAGGGCGUUGAGCGUGUUUGUGUGGAAUGACUGAAGCAGUGUCCGGUUUCUAACCAUGGCACCGUUUGUCUACUGUGGUUCCUCGUUCAGAGGUCAUCUGAGCGUCUCCAGAGUGGUCAUCCUCAGACGCCCCCCCCAAAAGGAUUUCCCUGUAAAACAUGGCUCCCUGCAGCACAGAGGAACCCCCCCCCCCCCCCCCCCCAAAGCUCUGGAGUCAGCAUGUGACGUUACAGCCACUCCAAACCAGGACAUUCAUGUUUCUGGAUGGCAAAAAAAUGAAAUCCAAUUUUAUUUACAGUAUCUAGCCCAACAUCACACCCCCGUUGUCUAAAUGGGCUUCACACCAAGAAUUGUACAAAGACAGAGUUAGUCAUAAAAUAUGAACAAUAGCUAAUUGCUUAACUAAACUGACAUUGCUGCCCUUAGACCCCGCCCCCCCCUUCUCUGUGAGGAAAAACUAAAAAACAGAUUCUGGCAAAAAUGGAGAAACCUCAGGGGUGUCCACAUGAAGGAGGGAUCCUCCCCCAGGACG